AUGACACACCCGGACAGAUGGGCCAUCGGGCAUCCCGGCGCUAAUGGGAUGGCCUGGCCCGUUCGGUUGGCAGUAAUGGGCCGUAGGGCAUCCCGGCAGGCACCCGUGCUCUGCCGCCCAAAACCCACCCAGGUCCGCGGUGCUUUCCCGGAGGCGACCAUGGCGGCGGCGGCGGCGGCGGGAAGUGAUUUGGUGGUGGUUUGCCUGCCUUCUCCCUCGGAGGAGGACCCCCUGCACCAUGAUAAGAAGAAAUUAUUGGAGGCUAGGAAACUAUCCUGUUCAUUUCAAGUCCCAAUCUCUUCCUCCCCUGUUGACGCCUGCAAAUUGCUUGACCAGAUGAUCCAUGCUGCUAGGGUAGCUCAUAUGGAUGAGCUGGAGCUUUAUUUUGCUAGGGGUGAUGAUUAUGGCCCAUUCUCUGCACGGAAUGAACUUGAGUCCCUGAAUCUGCUUCUCAAAACCGUCAACACAUUGCUUGUAGCUGCCAAUGAUGGCACCAAGGGAGUAUUGCAAUUACUAGUGGAUGAGAUACUUGUUAGGCUCAGAUCUGUGGGAUUGACAGAUAAGCAUCAGAUGGCACUUCAAACAGAGAACCAUGAAACUGAGGAUUCUCUUCUUAAAUGGGGGGAGCAGCAUGGUGUCAAAAGUAAACUGCAGAUAGCAUUUUUUGAAGGAGCUGGGAGAGGAAUGCUAGCUUCUGAAGAUAUAGGUGUGGGUGACAUUGCUCUUGAAAUUCCAGAGUCCCUUAUCAUAUCUGAGGAACUUCUCUGCCAGUCUGAUAUGUUUCUUGCGUUGAAAGAUGUGAAUAGCAUCACCACUGAAACUAUGCUAUUAUUGUGGAGCAUGAGAGAGCGGCAUAAUUCAUCUUCAAAGUUUAAGAUGUUCUUUGAGACACUUCCGUCAAAUUUCAAUACAGGCUUGAGUUUCGGAAUUGAUGCACUUGCUUCACUAGAAGGCACCCUGCUUUUUGAUGAGUUAAUGCAAGCUAGGCAGCAUUUGCGCCAGCAGUACGAUGAGUUAUUUCCAGUGCUAUCCACCAAGUUUCCCGAGAUAUUCAAACAAGACAUAUUCUCGUGGGACAAUUUUCUGUGGGCAUGUGAAUUAUGGUAUUCUAACAGUAUGAUGGUUGUUUUAAGUAGCAGGAAAUUAACAACUUGCUUGAUUCCUGUUGCUGGACUGAUGAACCACUCGGUGACUCCACACAUUCUUAACUAUGGCCGAGUAGAUCAAGCUACAAAGUCUUUGAAGUUCCCUUUGUCGAGACCUUGUGAAGCAGGGGCCCAAUGUUUCCUCAGUUAUGGGAAACAUCCAGGGUCACAUCUAAUUACCUUCUAUGGUUUCCUACCAAGAGAAGACAACCCUUACGAUGUUAUACCUUUGGAUCUGGACACGUCUGUUCACGAGGAGGAUGGCACCGCCCAGUCUGUGAGUACAAGUGUAACCACUCAUAUGGUUCGUGGGACAUGGCUGUGCAGAUCACAAGGACCUCCCACAUAUGGCCUGCCUCCGCCCUUGUUGUCUCAUCUCCGUGCUGCUCUAAACUGUGAGCACAGCGAAUCUACACCAGAGGCUGAUAUCAAGGAAGAUGACAGGAUGGUGCUGGAAACACUCAUUAGCAUAUUUACACCGAUGCUUGAAGGGUUAGGCGAGGCAGACGACUACAACCGGGAGAGUGCGAGUUGGGAUGUUGUGCUAGCGCUGGACUACAAGGAUCUUCAGAGAAGGAUAAUUUCGUCCAUUGUUACUUCUUGUGGCUCUGGAUUGGCAAUGCUUGAUUCCUAG